AUGGCGGCGGCUCUGUCGGGCCUGGCUGUCCGGCUCCCGCGCUCGGCCGCCGCGCGCUCCUAUGGGGUCUUCUGCAAGGGGCUCACCCGCACGCUGCUCAUCUUCUUCGACCUGGCUUGGAGGCUGCGCAUCAACUUCCCCUACCUGUACAUCGUGGCGUCCAUGAUGCUCAACGUGCGCCUGCAGGUUCAUAUUGAAAUCCACUGAAGGUCAUUCCUUGACUGACAGGCGUCACCCCAGCUCACUGUAUCAGAGGACACGAAGCAUGGGGGGCAGAAGAGGGACCCUGGACACCUGCCUGGCAAACGUGAAGUGCUCUGGAGGAGGUGACCUGGACAAACUCUUAAGUGGCCUUAAGAAAAGAACCCAGAGGGGGAGCCCCUGCCCAGCAGUGCCUUCCAAGAAGGACCAGCCUGUGGUUGGAGCCAAUGGAAAAUCACAGGAUGAGGCCGUCUCCUUGGAAAUGAAGAGUGACCUGAGCUGCGCCGAUCAUUUGCUUCACAGUGGCGACAAACUGCAUCCACAUCUGACUGAGUCAACAGGAAGAGCUCCAACCCUGGCCGCUGCUGUGCGCAAGGAUGAGGGUCUGCCCCCUGGCCCUGUGGAGGAGCGCCUUGCUAGGGUGUAUGGUGCCAUGAAGGAAGCCCUGAGGAGGGACUGGCUG